UCCCCAGUGAUCGCAAAUGGAAAAUCACCGGCCUUCCUCCCCCGCUGGGCACACAGAUAAGCCAGCAGAGCUUGGCAGAGCCAGGGCAGCUGGGGGAGGGCAGGUGACGGGACAAGGACAUUGGGAACAGCUAAAAGCGGAGAGGACGCCCAGCGAGCCGAAUUCCCGCAGAACUCUGCCACCCUGAGUGGGUCAGCUGGCUCCAGAAGGAUGUUUGGUGUGGCUUUGGGCAUCGGGGUCCUGCUGGCCCUGCUGGGCUGCACAGCCACCGAGGACUGUGUGGCCCCGCAGGAUAAGGUCUCCCAGCUGCUCCAGCGCAUGGAGGAAUCUGUAAAUUUCGAGGAGCCGGCGAAUCCCAGUGUCCUGCUGGCCAUGAACCUGGCUGGGGGGGACAGUGACGGUCCCAUCCACAAGUGGCUGCUCGAGGAGAUCAAGGAGGAGGCAGUGAAGAGAGCCCAGAAAGACAUGACCUCGGGACAGGUGGCUCUGCACGUCCUCGCCCUCCUCUCCUCCUGCCACGAUCCCCACCAUGUCCAUGCCCUCGAGCAGACCCUCGACCUGAUCAGUGUCCUGCAGCAGAAAACAGAUGAGGAGACGACCAAACUGGAGGCCGAGGGGAUUCCCAAAACCACUCUGUACAGCCUGGGCCUGGACACCCUGGCCCUGUGCCUGGCUGAGGCAGACGGUGCUCAAAGGCCAUCAGUGGCCCUGGCCAAGCAGGUGCUGAACCCCGAGAGACCCAUCUCCGUGGACACCCAGGCCAUGGUGGCACUGGCACUGGCCUGCGUCUACGACCACGUGGAGCUCCGAGACGUGCAGGACCUGCUCUGGGAGGCACUUCAGACAGUGAGCAACAGCUUCCUGGAUGAGCAGGAGGAGAGGGACGGCAUGAUCGGGAAUAUCUACAGCAUGGGGCUGGCCCUGCAGGCACUGGAGGCCACAAGGAAGUUUUACCACCCACGGGAGUGGGACUGUGCCCAGGCCUUCUCCAGGGUGUACGCCCACAACUACCAGCAGCCCAUGGCCAUCGCCCAGGUGCUGCCAGCCCUGGUGGGCAGGUCCUACCUGGAUGCGGCUGGCCUGGACUGUGCUGCCACCAUGUCCCCAGGCCGACAGCUGCCCCUGCCCCCAGUGCUGGGAACACACAGCAUUCCCAGAGCCCUCAUCCAGGUGCAUUACUGCAUCACCAACGAGCUCCAGGGAAUACCCUUCCACAACUGCACCUCAGUGGAAGUCCCAAGUGGCUCCACUCUGCUCCAGGUGAUGGAGGAGGCAGCAAAGAAGGACCCCCAAACCUUUAGCUUCCAGACGGAGCAGACGUUCUGGGGUCCCUAUGUGACCUCCAUCCACGGGCUGCCUGGCAGCACAGAGGACAGGACCUACUGGAUGUUCCUCAGUGCUGGGAAUGCCCUUGAGGAAGGGGUUGGCACCUACAAACCACACGAUGAGGAGCACAUCGAGGCCAUCUUCAGCAAAUACUGAUGCCAGCAAGACACCCUGGACCCCUCCAUGGAGCAAUAAAGUGACAUUCCAGCAUG